AUGGCUGCCCUUCCAAGGGGCAGGGGUGCAGCCGGGCAGGCGCUGGGCAGGGUCCCUGGCUGGCCCCCUUUCCGCCUGGGCAGCCCCGGUGCCGACGGCUGGGAGAACCAGGGGCCCGCCCGCCCGCUGCAGGCCAUGACGGUGGUGCGGCUGAUCGUGAUAGCCCUGGUCACAGGGCAGGUAGGAGCAGAGACCAGGAUCAUCAAGGGGUACGAGUGCGCCCCUCACUCCCAGCCCUGGCAGGUGGCUCUGUUCCAGAAGACCCGGCUGCUCUGCGGGGCGACCCUCAUCGCCCCCAGAUGGCUCCUGACAGCUGCCCACUGCCGCAAGCCGUGGUCUGCCCCCCCAGUGCACCUGCCCCACGCCUUGAGGUGUGCCAACAUCACCAUCAUCGCGCACAGGGAGUGUGAGGACGCCUACCCCGGCAACAUCACCGAUACCAUGGUGUGCGCCAGCGUGCGGGAGGAAGGCAAGGACUCCUGCCAGGGUGACUCCGGGGGCCCGCUGGUCUGCGAUGGGUCUCUUCAAGGCAUCAUCUCCUGGGGCCAGGACCCGUGCGCUGUCACCAGAAAGCCAGGAGUUUACACCAAGGUCUGCAAGUAUGUGGACUGGAUCCGGGAAACCAUGAAGAACAACUAGCCAGAGCCUGGCCCUGCCUCCCAGUUAGACUUCGGGGGUCUUCACGGCGCGAUCAGCUUGGGGUGGGGAGCUGGGGAGACCUGCUUGGAACCCUGCCUUGCAUUAACUUUUGACUCUGAGGGUGAAGGACUCACUACCCUAUCUCCAGCCCCAGAACAAUUCCUGGGCCGAUGAAUAAACCAUUGUCAAC